AUGGAAUGGUUUAGGCGGAGCCAUCAGCAUCAGCGCCACCAGGAGCAGCAGAGCAGAAGGCGUGGGCCAGGCGCCCGGGGAAGUCGAGGCAGGCAAAAGUUCAGCGUGACGCUCAGCACGGGCCGCCAGGCAGACGUAGGCCAAGUUAGGAGCCUGGGGACGCCGGGGGUCCGGGGUCUAAUGCGCCAGCUCCGGGCUUACGGCUGUGGCGGCCUGCGCACCUCCCCGCAGGAAGCCAGGCCAGCAUUCCCCGGCCAGAGAUUUGAUUUCUGGAUAACGCGGCGGCUGCAGCAGGAAUGCAGGUUCCUCAUGAGGGUGUUGGACUCCUACGGCGACGACUACCGGGCCGGCCAGUUCACCUUCGUGCUGGAGGAUGAAGGCAGUCAGGGCACUGACGCCCCCACUCCCAGCAACACAGAAAAUGAGCCCCCGGAGAAAGAUGGGCCCUCGCCCCCCAGAAGGACACCCAUACCCCGCGAAUCCAGCAGCCCGGCACCUGGAGAGGGGCCUAGAGGACGGAAGAGGCGACGAGCACCCCAUGAUGGCCGGCGAGGAGGUGCCUCACUGACCCCAGAACUGGCCCCGAUCAAGGUGGAGGAGGACUUUGGCCUGGAAGCCGACGAGGCCCUGGACUCUGGCUGGGUUUCACAGGAACCCGACAAACUGCUGCCCUACCCCACCCUGGCCAGCCCUUCCUUCGACUGACACCCCCCCAAAUAAACCUACCCACCCACCGCAAAAAAA